AUGCUUGAUAGAUGUACGCUUUUGGAUAUGAGCCAGUUUGUUUUUCACAAUGGCACAUUAUCAUUUGCGUUAUGUUUGCUUGAGGUAAGAUGAUAUUGUCGUCGAUAUAACCAGGGAUUAGUCAGGGCUGGUAUCAAAAACAGUUUUAUUUUCGAACUUCUGGCAGAAGCGCAGAGUUUCUUGUUGUUCCUUUAGUAUGCUCCUCUGGUAAUAACCGGUAAGCAAACAGAAUGUUUUAUUUAGUAUUUUAGAAUUCGCGCCGACAAUUGUUUAGGUUCCAAUAUCUUCCAUAUAUUUGUUUUCUUUUCAGUCUGACUUGGACUCACUCAGACACCAUGAUACUCACUUCGCACUUGUUUAAAGCGUUGAUAGUUUGUGUUCCGUUCGUUCUUGUUAUUUGCGAAGCAAGGAAUAUCUCUGAAUCAGGUGAGCGUGAACCUACUUCAAAACAUUUUCACUCGCAAUGCCACGGUCCGAAAAUCUUUCCUGAGGUAAAUUUUUAAGUUUAAGUCAAUUAAUGUUGGCAAGUAUGACGCAGCGACAAGAACGCUCCACUCACUCAGAUCGACUUCCACAACUGGAUCGUAUGUGAGUUGGAUUCGCUUUUAUUUUUCGUCGCUUUCACGAGGGUUUUUACCCCCUCGACAAUAAUCUAUCUUCCAAUUGUCAAUUCGAUCGAGAGAAAGUAGACGAAGAAUCACCUCAGGGAUUUGCUUUUCUUCAUAGUUAAUCCAAAUUAGUUUUAAAUCUUAUGCCUGAGGAAGAGGAUAGUUCUAAUUUUGUGAGAAGCCAUAAAAUGACAUAUUGGAAGCACCAAAAUGUGUUUUAUGGCCCUGAAUAAGUAGGGCGUCAGAGAAACACUUAAUCUGACUUGUGUGGUCAAUUAUGACACUGAAUACACAUUAUCUGAUUCGUGUAGCCAAUCACAACACAGGAUAUAUAUAUAUACUUCAUCUAACUCGCGAAGCCAAUGAGAACACAGGAUAUGCUUUAUCCAACACGUGUGGCUAAUCGUUUUAUUUUCAUUUUCGUGGCGGGGAGAAAAUUAUGGAAGGUUGCUAUUUAUGGGCAUUUCUAUUACAACAGCUCCUGACAUUUGCCCCCCCGGAUGGAUGCGUUGGAAUAACGCGUGUUACUACUUUGCAAAUGAUUCUGUCUCAAGCCGGGUCGCAUGGCAAGACGCUAGACAGGCAUGUCAGAGAAUCCGUGGAGGAGACCUUGCCAGUAUUCACAGUGCUGCGGAGAACGACUUUAUAACACGCCAUGUCUCAGGGUAAGAGCGGUCCAACUCCCUUGCUGAAUUCUCACCAAAUAUGAAGAAGUCGAAAAACAUAAUUUUUGGAAGGGGGGUGGGUAAAUAUGUCUUUGCAAGGGAGUGUACCACUGGAUAUUGCGUAAAAGACUGUUGCAGCAUUUUAGCAAUCACUGGGAAAAGGGCAACCUAGUUUCACUGUGAGCAACGCUUACUGCUUAAACCGGAAAACGUUGCGAGACACAUUAAUCUUAUACUUGUGCGAAUGAAUGGGCGCAAGAAGAAAACAAACAUGCGCACAAAUGUUUAUUGUUGUCAGAUGGUUUCCUUGUGUUCAAUUGACUAUUAAUUGAGUUUCAUUUUUUACUUUAAAAAUUUGCACUAUGGGUAUUGCUGAUCUCAUUGCGUUGAAACCUACAUUAUUAAAGCGUAAACCUAACUCCCAACUCGACCAACAUUUGAGUUUUUUUUCAAAAUCGUGCAUGGAGAAAAGUCGUGCACCGUCUCAUUGAAUGAAUCUGAAAAUAUGAAUUGUUGGUUAUGACCUGACUAAGUUCGUGCGUUGCAUCGCACAAUUCUCAGUGCAAGCGCACCUAUUUCCUUUAAGCUGUCGUUUAUCAUUAUUAAAAUAAUAGUCAUUAUGAUUAUUUUCAUAAUUAUUCUUAUCAUUAAUUUUAUCAUGUAGUCCUUGUUGGAUUGGACUUAAUGACCUCAGAGCAGAAGGCAAUUUCCAAUGGUCGGAUGGGUCAUCAUUUGUUUACCAAAAAUAUAGCAACAAAGAACCAAAUGAUUUCUAUGGCCAAGAAGACUGUAUAGUAAUUAGGUCGUGGUUAGCAAGUAGUUGGAAUGACUUAAAUUGCGGUAUCGACCAGUGCUACGUCUGCAAGCAGACCAAGAGUAAGUUACCCACAGUAUGCUAGCUGAUAUGUAAAACUUAUCAUAUUUUGGGCUAGCACAUUUUGUUCUCCAUUCUCUUUAGUCUCUGUAAUGAGAAGUCAAUUGUUCGUGUCAAAGUUCUACUCCAAGCAUGUACGAACCUCACCGCAAAGCCUUAUUUAAAACUUGACCCUUUACACCCUAACAUCAGUAUGCAUAUUCUCCAUACUGUUCUCUACAAAUUUCCUAAGGUGCUGAUAGGGGGAAUUUGUUUAACAACCAAGAGCCUCUUUAGCUGAUUCAGGGGUAAUAUUCCAAAGAGAAAUUAGCUGCUAGUCAAUCUUAGCGUUAAAAGGGUCUAAGGAAAAUUUUAAAAAGGAAAAUUUUAGCUUUGACGUUUGAUUUCAUAAACGAAUAUUCACGGCAACGUCACUGAUCACAAGAUAAUCUGUUUUAAUAUUAGACUUUAUACCGGGUAUGUAGUGUAUUUUGGGAAAACAACGGUAAUUUCGUGAGCCUGCAAAUACUUGAAAGAAUUAUAUCCUUUCACAUUUGGUUUGGAAAAAUAAAGAAACAUAUUUCUAAUAUCACUUUUUGGUACAAGCAAUCAAAAUUUGGUAAAAUAAAAGCUACAGAUAUUCAUCAUAUUUACAGAGUCGCCGGCAUAUGUAUGGUCUUUGACCACGUUCUCGAUCCCCUAGUAAAUUCUGGCACUGAAUUUUUACUUUUCACCCGCCUCUCGCUACCGGAUACUUGACACCUUAAUUCUUUUACCUCUCUCUUUCUUCAACUUCCCAACCGGUCAGGACCUCCGCUUUCGAGCUGCAAACCUCGCGACGUCGUACAUAUUUCAUUUGUUAGCACAUUUAAUUUUGAGAGGAAUUUUUCCAUAUCGCGUAAGAGAUAGGAGCCGGUAACUCGAAUUUCAAGUUGCACAAUGCUAUGCAUAGUAUUCGUUUCGAAAUACUGUUUUUUCCGUUAGUUUGAAGGAAGUUAGAAUUCGUUUCAGUGGCGCUUUAAAAAUUAUUCAUGGAUAACGGGGUCUCAAAACUUGUCUUUGAAUUCCAUAUGCUUGCUAUUCCGGCAUAGUUUUUGUUCGGUUGGCUCGGAGCAUUGCUACGCAAUUAAAGUAACAGAUGACCACCACAUCACUGCCCGUCUGAAUCAAAAUAUUCUAUAAAUUGUUUUUGUUAGAAAGUGACGGCUGAUCAAAAGAGAAAUUCAGCACAAACUAUGUACUAAACGAUAUUUUUAUGAUGUGUUCCGCAGAAACCAUCAUACCAAAUGUGAAUCCUUUGGAACCUAAACCAAGUAAGUAAUAUCGACAUUAGCUCGAGACACUGUGCAUUUUGUUAUCAAUAUUGUCACUAUAUUUGUGUUUAUAAACAAGAGCCAGAAUACUUAAUUACUACUUUUGGUUUUCAAUUGUCGGAAUAUCUGAGAUGACAAAGGUAUCGUACAUAACAGAUUUCCAGUCAUCUCCGAUUUAGCUAAUCCUGGAAUGAACACCAAAUUUUAAGGAGUUUAAUCAUCAGAGGAGAUUUUGUCGCAAAUGUAUUAAUUUAUUUAGUUACGGUGCGAAAUGUGGUACUACAGGAUGAAUUCGAGGCCCCGUCCAACUUUGAACUUUUCAUGCGCUGAAAUUUACCUCCUUACUGAGUUCGUAAGUAGAAAGAUGUUUGAAUCGAUGAAGUUUGACAUGUUAAUUUUGGUCGACCCAAGAAUAUUUUACGCGUGGAACACACGAAAGUCUGAUUGUAAAGCAACUUCUAGAGCAAGUUUUUUUUUUUUAUGAGCCAAACAUAAUGCAUGAAGGAUUACUUCGCGUUCCACAAUUCUCUUCUCUUGCUAUAUAGCACCAGUUUGACGAUAUAUUCUUCUGUCGAACUUUUUCUUUUAGCCCCACCCAAAGAUUUAAGUUCAGUACAUGAAAGGUUUGAGAUGGGUCAAGGUGAUUGUUUUUUUUCUUUGCUGUGUUUAAGCCCAUGGACGAUGUGAGGAUGGCUGGAUGAACUAUGAAAAGAGCUGCUACCGCAGCGUGUCAGAUCCUCUUCUUUCUUGGCAGAAAGCAAGGGAUGUUUGUCGAAAUAACACCAGUAUGCAUGGAGACCUUGUCACAGUGAAUAAUCGGUAAGUACAAUACAUUUAAUCAAAUCUACCACAAAUUCCGUCGAACAUGAUUGGUUAUCACCAGCCCGAUUUGAGCACUAAUAGGACAAUGUGCGCGUCAUGCUUUUAAUUGGACAGUUAAAUCGUGAUGACGGCGGCUUACUACCUGACGCCUAUUUACAACUCGUCAGAAAAAAGGGAAGCUAAUUAGUGAGCAUAUUAACAAAUCGGACUCCCGAUUCGCGGUCGCCCGAUUUUGUCAAUCACUCCCUAUGAUUACAGACCGAAUUGGACUCCUCUUUGUCCUAGUACCAUUAUUAAUCUUACAAGUUACGCAUUUAUACCGCAGCUCUAGUCUGAACCUUCUACGGUUGGUUAUUUUCGCUUUUCAUUUUCCAGGAAAGAACAGGUAUUCUUAAACUUUCACUCGAGAAACCAGCACUGAUUUUUGGAUUGGCCUUAAUGACUUUAUCUGGGAGGGCAUAUUCCUCUGGACAGAUAACAGUCCUCGCAAAUAUACUUACUGGAAUGUCAGUGAACCAUCAAAUAAUAAACAGUCAAUGGAUUGCGUACUCAUGAAUCCUCAUCAAGAUGAAGGAAGAUGGAGGACUGCGUCAUGUAAUCAGAGGAAUGGGUUUAUCUGUGAGACAGGUUU